AUGAUGCAUGGUGUUAGAAAAGCAGAGUCAAAAGGUGUGCAAAUUGAAGAAAUCAUUACACGAGUUAAAGCAAUCCCCGAGAGCAUGGUGUGGAAGGAUACUGGAAUGUUAAGAUGUCAACCCAUUGAUACACCAAUAGAAGAAGGUCGAGAAUUGUGUGUUGAACCCAAUCAAAUACCUGCUGAUAAAGGAAGAUACUUGAGGCUCGUAGGGAGAUUAAUGUACUUAGUGCAUACAAGACCAGAUCUUGCUUAUGCAUUAAGUGUGGUGAGUCAAUACAUGCAUAAUCUUGGAGAACAACAUAUGAAUGCAGUCAUGCGCACUUUGAGGUAUUCGAAGAGUGCUCUUGGGAAGGGAAUCUUGUUCACCAAAAAUAUUGAUCACCAGAGUAUAAAAGUAUAUACUGAUGCUGAUUGUGUCGGUACUGUGGAUGAUAGGCGAUCUACCUUUGGUUACUUUACCUUUGUAGGUGGUAAUCUUGUGAUAUGGAGAAGUAAAAAACAAAAUGUUGUUGCUCGCUCAAGUGUAGAAGUUGAAUUUAGAAGCAUGGCAUUAGGACUUUGUGAGGCAUUGUGGCUAAGACUCCUCUUACAUGAUUUGGGUUACCUAUCUAGGCAAUCAAUCUGA